GCUAGUAGUACAUGCUUUGAACAGGUAUCCCUGCUUUGAUGUGACGCCGAACAGGUGUACUGCUUUUCUAAUCAAAAUAUUCGACAUCUUUCGGGUUUUUAUCAAAAAGCCUGGAUAUGUCUGUGUCACGCUACCCCGCUGGUUACCUCACCGACUCCCACGGUGAGGCGUGGUCUGAGACGGGGAGCGAGAUCGAGAUGCACCGAUACCCCUCCCAGCCCAGCAUGGGCGGGACUUCGUUCAUCUCCGGCACCAGUCGUUCGUACAUCUCCGGCAGCCGGAAGUCUGUGUACUCGACGUAUACGACGACGUACACGCCGUCGCAGAUCUCCUACGUCCUGCCCGUCGUGGCCAACGCGCCCAAUCCAUUGAAGAAGCCGAAAGACAACUUCGGUUUCGCGUUCUGCUCUCUGUUCUUCAACCCGAUCUUUGGACUUGUAGCUCUGUUAUUGGCAGAGCAGUCGAAGGUCCACUACAACCACUGUAACUAUAUCGAGGCCUCCAAGUACGGGUCGUACGCGAAGGGCGUGGCCGCCUCCGGAAUCAUCUCCAUGCUCGUUCUCCUCGUCCUCAUCAUUGCCCUCGUUCUCUGGCACAACUACCGCUUCGCCUACUGAUGUCACAGAGCUAUUGACGUCACCACUACCGCUUUGAUUACUGAUGUCACAGCUACUGACGUCACCCACACAGAUACAUUACCACUUCAGACAGAGAUACAGUUCCGGUUCUUCGUGGGGUGGAUAAUGUUUAAUCGGCGGAGUGCAUUUCUGGUUGUGGAAUGACAGUUGCAAAGACUUCGCAUUAACAAAAUAUAAAAAUAUAUAUAAAAAAAACAAUUUUUUUAUUUUACUACUGCGUUGAGCGGCAUUCUCAUUAUGCGAUUUGUCGUGAGAAAUAGGACAAUAUUCUAAUCGGUAUGACUCCGACACGACUUGUCGUUAUCACAGUGCGACUAAUCGCAUAAUGAAACCGCUGCUUUACCAGUGGUAAAAUAACACCAAGAUGAAAAAAAGAUGACAUUGUUGUAAUGAAAUCCUAAACAAUGAACAAUAAGGUUUAGACAUUUUUACCAACCCGUUUUCAGUCUGCAAAUGUUACUACUGUGUUGUUAGUUUUAAAAUAUGACUGGUAGAAAGAGAUGAGAAUAGGCGUUAAUUUAAGAUGAAAACCAACAGUUGUACAUUUAAACACAAAUAAACCAGUUUUAUGUUUGUAACAGAUUAUUUAAAAGGUGGACAAUAUUUGAGAAUCUAUAUAUUGUUUUAACAAAAUUGGAUCUAUGGUCCAGUGGCGUAGUGUGUGUGUGGGGUGGUGGUGGUGGUUGGGGGUCUAUGGCCCCCAAACAAACUUUUUUUAACUAUUAAAUUUUAUAAAAUCAUACAUACAUACAUAGUUUGGGUUGCCCCCCCCUCCCCCCCCCCCCCCCCCCCCCCCCCCCCCCCCCACCAAUUAAGCUUAAACAACCAUACGCAAUAUUUUUGUCACCACUAAUAUACGGGUUAACAAAAUAAAAAUGAAAACUCGUAAGUUGCA